CCAUGUCAAUGACUCACAGCCGGAACUGCUCACAGGAGCCAUAUAAAAACUAAUGGCAGAGUUAAUACGCAGAUAGCGAAAGCUUUGCACAGUGAGCGUAGCUGAUGGAAUAACAGCAGAGAGGGCCGGAAGAAAAAAUAUAUAUAGUGCAGAAGGGCAAGGAAAAUUGAUCCCGUCCGCAUUUAUUUUAAUCUUUAAAUUGAGCCGGUGAAUUACAAUGGCCGAUGAAAAUGACAACGAUAAGUGCAAUAAUUUUAACGUGUUGAACUGGGAACAAGUGCAGCGGCUGGACAGGAUCCUAACGGAGACCAUCCCAAUCCACGGGCGAGGUAAUUUCCCGACGCUGGAGCUGAAGCCCCGGCAGAUUGUGCAGGUGGUGCGGAGUCGCUUGGAGGAGAAACGCAUCUGUGUGCGAGAUGUCAGGCUGAACGGCUCGGCGGCCAGUCACGUCCUGCACCAGCACAGCGGGCUCGGCUACAAGGACCUGGACCUGAUCUUCAGGGCCGACCUGAGCGGCGACAAGGAGUUCCAGACCGUCAAGAACGUGGUGCUCGACUGCCUCUUGGACUUCUUGCCCGAGGGUGUGAACAAGGACAAGAUCACGCCGCUGACUCUGAAGGAAGCGUACGUGCAGAAGAUGGUUAAGGUUUGCAACGACUCUGACCGCUGGAGCCUCAUCUCGCUGUCCAACAACAGCGGCAAGAACGUCGAGUUGAAGUUCGUGGACUCUCUCCGGCGGCAGUUCGAGUUCAGCGUGGACGCUUUCCAAAUCAACCUCGACUCGCUCCUGCUCUUCUACGAGUGCUCCGAGAACCCAAUGUCCGAGCACUUCCACCCGAGCAUCCUGGGCGAGAGCGUCUACGGCGACUUCAGCCAGGCCUUGGAGCAUCUGCAGCAGCGGCUGAUCGCCACCAGGAACCCGGAGGAGAUCCGGGGAGGGGGGCUACUAAAGUAUUGCAACCUGCUGGUGCGGGGCUUCCGCGCCGCCUCCGAGAGCGAGAUGAAAGGCAUGCAGAGGUACAUGUGCUCCCGCUUCUUCAUCGACUUCUCCGACAUCGGCGAGCAGCAGCGCAAGCUAGAGUCCUACCUCCAGAACCACUUCAUGGGGCUGGAGGAUCGCAAGUACGACUACCUGCUCACCCUGCAGCGGGUGGUGAACGAGAGCACCGUCUGCCUGAUGGGCCAUGAGCGGAGGCAGACCCUCAACCUCAUCACCACGCUGGCCUUCCGUGUGCUGGCCGAGCAGAACAUCAUCCCUAACGUGGCCAACGUCACCUGCUACUAUCAGCCAGCACCUUAUGUCUCCGAUGCCAAUUUCAACAACUACUACAUUGCCCACGUUCAGCCGGUGUUCCCUUGCCAGCAACAUAACUACUCCACCUGGUUACCUUGCAACUGAUUUUUGAGGGGGGAGGGAGGGAGGAGGAGAAAAAGGAGCACCAGGAAAGAAGAAGGGGGUGAGGGGGGUAACAACGACAAGGGGAGCAUUGGGGGUGAGAUUUGUGGCUCUAGUGGCCGAGACAGGAGAGGGAUUGAGACUGGGGUGGACUCUCUGUCAACGAUUGGGAAGUAGGGAGGAGGAGCGAGAUUGACCUAGGCUUGGCUUGUGACCUGCUUCAAGUUUUUUGGGUUUUUUUAGCGUUAUUUUGUUUUAAAAUCAAAUUCAAAGUUUUUUUUUUAAAUUCGUGUUUGAAGAGCGUCGAUUUUGUUUUACUCUCUGCAACAAUAACAACCCCGAGCCUGGUUAUAGACAUCUUCGGCUGCAAGAAGCUCUCUUCUCCCCACACACUGGUUCUCCCCGCGCCCACUCCUUUCCCCGAGGUUUGAGCAAGAAAUGACAACAUGGGAUUUCAGCACCCAUAGCCUUUUCUCAUGAGGGUUGAAGAGCCUCUCGUUUCUCCCUUUAAUUUUUGUUGUUGUUUAGAUGCUGAUUUUUUUAUAGGCGAGGGGCAAGGGCUCCUCGUUAAUUCCACCCCAUUCUCGCCUGUUCUCCGACCCCUCGCUCAUCUGGUAAGUCCAAUGUAGCACAGGAGCCGAGCGCCGUGAAUAGCAAUUGCGUUUGGCUUCUGCGAGAGAGAGAGAGAUGGCGAGCGAAUGGGAACGGUUGCAAUACGGCUUGCAAAACACUAUGGAUGAUGCACCAAGGGAUGCUGCUUCUUCACAGUUGCUUUUGUUUUUUGGUUGGUGUGUGUUUUAUUUCGGUGAGAGCUCUUCUUUUGUUUUCUCUCUUUGGAAUAAUCCAAAAAACGUUUGCUACAGGGAAAAAAAAGGAGUGAUUGUUGAUGAGAGAAGUCGCUCUUGUGCUAACCCGACGGUGGUCUCACACAGACAGAGAGAGAGAGAGAGAGGGAGAGACUGUUCUCACUGUUCAUAGAAACUCUGCAAAACGCUGUGACUAAUUAAGGACCAAAGAUUUUUUUUUCCGUUUUUAUAUAUCCAUAAUCUAUAUCUUGAAAAAAAAAACACAAAA